AUGGAUUCGUCAUCGGAAAGCGUUGGUGACGAUCAGGGCGAUUACCAAUAUCCCUGGUUUCCAAUGGGACAUUUCGGCAUCAAUUUUAUCCAAACUGAUGGUUCGAAAGCUUAUGUCGAAGGAGAAUUGUCCAGGGCAUAUAUAAAAGACUACGAGCUUCUCAAAGCAAGUAAACGGAAGAAGGAAGAGAAACAGCCAGCGGAGCAACUUCAGGUAGACAUGGAUGAAAUGAGUCUGCAGGAUUCAGUGCCAGAAGAUAAUGGAGAAGCGACUGACAAACUGCUGGAGGACAAGGACAUGGCGUAUGAAGUACUUCCAAAGUGGUCAUCUGAUAAGAAAAAAGGGAAAAAAAGGAAGGCAAAGGGACGGUACAACUAUCAUUCUUUCGAAGAAUACUGGGAUGUUUCAAGUUUUUGGGUGAUUCAACGGACGUGGCUUAAUGAUUUUGGAGGUCAAAUGACUGAAGAGAAUCAGAAGGAAUUGUUGAAGAAAUGUGAUGAAAUGAAGCCAAUCUAUCCAAUUGAACAGCAUGAGAACUUAUUGGAAAAUCCUGAUUAUCAGAACAUCACCAAGUCAUUAACUGAAACAAAAGAGGGAGUGACAUUCGAGGAAAUUUAUGCAGAGCAUUGUGAUUUAAUCAAGAAACAAACUGAGAAUGAUUAUCACAUUUAUCAAACAAAAGAAGUGACUCGUCGGUGUAAAGAUAUGAUCAAUAGAGUAAAACGACUUGGAUAUGCUCCCGGGUUUGAAGAAUCUCAGUUGCCUUCAUUCUAUGAUCUCAAUGAUAAAGAUAUAAAAAUCGAUAAGCCUUUGAUAAAAGAAGUCAGAUACCAAAUCGAUGAGUCGUAUGCAAAGAAGUUCGUUGGUGAUAAGUUUGAAGAGUCUACAGCGUCUACAUCGGAGUCCAGUAGCUCAGCAGAGUCUCAAAUCGAAUCAACAGUUCCACUAAAUCCGAAAGAAAUUCGUUUCAACUUUGACCCGGAAACAGAACAACACUUGAUUGCGUCGAACGCUGAGAAAUUGUAUGCAAAUGAUCCAGAAAUCAGCAAAUACUAUUAUCAACGUUAUCGACUCUUCUCUCGUCUCGAUGAAGGUAUCAUUAUGGACAGAGAAGGAUGGUUCUCAGUGACACCAGAAGCUAUUGCGGAACACAUUGCUGAUCGUGUCGUCCGUCACAAUGUUUCUGUUGUUGUUGACGCAUUUACUGGUGUUGGAGGCAAUGCUAUUCAGUUUGCACUUCGUGGAGCCCAUGUAAUUGCUAUCGACAUGGAUCCAGUUCGUCUGAAAUGUGCUCGAGAAAAUGCUCGUGUUUACGGUGUCGCCGACUACAUUGACUUCAUCUGUGCCGACUUUUUCGACGUCGCAGCUACCUGGGCUGCUGACAAGAAACUCGCCCCAAAAGUAGACGCAGUAUUCUUGAGUCCACCAUGGGGUGGUCCUUCGUAUCUAAAAUCGAAGGAAUUCGAUUUGGCCACUGGCUGUUGUCCGAAUGGAAUCGAUAUUUUUGAUGUUUCUCUGAAAAUUAGCCCAAAUAUUGCCUAUUUUCUGCCAAGAAACACAAAAGUUAGCCAGUUGACCGAACUUGCAAUCAAGGCGAAAACUCGUAUGGAAAUUGAGCAGUCUUCAUUGAACACAAAAAUCAAAACCAUCACAGUCUACUAUGGAAAAUUGGCAUACCGGGAGAAAUCACCAAAGUCAUCGGGCGAUAAUUAG